GACAUGUUAUGGUUUCUUCAGGUUAUCAAACAACACAGCGUUUUCCGUUUGGUUUAGAUCAUUGUUAUUGUAGAAACAGACUAAAAUGUUCUUCUUCUUCAAGCUCUCCGUGUGUGUCUUGUCAUCCGUGACUUGUUUCUCAGAGGCAUUUAUUUCCUGUUUCAAUGAGGAUGGCCAGCCUGUGGACUGGUUUAUUAUUUACAAACUUCCCCUUUACAAGAUGAAGGUUAAGGGAAGUGGGCUGGAAUACAUGUAUCUGGAUUCAACAGUCACAAAAUGGCAGAUGAGUAAACACACGAUAGACAGCAGUAGAGGAGCGUUGGGCAGAACAUUGACACAGCUCUACUAUAAAUAUAAAUCCAACAGUUCAGUGUAUAUGAUAUACAACGAUGCUCCACCAGAACUGAAGUACCUGAGCCAUUAUGGACAUACAAAAGGAGUGAUUUUGUUCAAUCAGUCUGGAGGAUUCUGGCUCACACACAGCGUUCCUCAUUUCCCUCCAUUUCCAGAGAGAGGUUACGGUUAUCCAUCCUCAGGAAAAUACUACGGCCAGACUCUGAGCUGUAUUACAUACAACUACACACAGUUCCCUUUGAUAUCACAGCAGUUAGCGUUUAUUUAUCCACACGUGUAUAACUGCUCCGUCCCUCUGGCGUUUCACCCACGUAUCGCAGUCAUGGCACAAAUCUGUGAUGCAAAGACACCGUUCAUAAAAACACCAAAGAAUUCAGAGAAGCUGGUCUCUGUAGGAGGACAAACUUUUUUCAGUUUUGCUAAAUCACCCUACUAUGUGGACGACAUCUACACAGCUUGGGUGGCCCAGACAUUAGGGACAGAUCUGCUGGUGGAAUCAUGGAUGCACCAGGGACAUCAGCUUCCCGCCAACUGCUCUCUUCCACAUCAUGUGAUGAACAUCAGAAGAGUUUGUCUGCCAGGAUCUCAGAUGUUCAGCUCCUAUGAGGAUCACUCUAAGUGGUGUGUAUCUUAUGCUUUCAAAGACAAGUGGACGUGUCUGGGGGACUUGAAUAGAGACAUCGGUCAGACUGGCCGAGGAGGUGGGCUGAUAUGUUCUCAAAACCCAAUUAUUUAUAAAGCCUUUCGUGAGGCAAUGGCUGGGUAUAACCACUGCUGAGACAUUUACAUCAGACUGAACCAGCUCAGGACCUCUGCAUGCAUGUACUACAUCAGAGAACUUUUACCUUUAAUCCUGAUGUCCUUAUAAAAGAUGUGUGAGACUGUAUUCAAUGAUUCAUUCCUAAUUCAGUAACAUUUAUAAACCAUUUUUGUUUGAUAAAUAUUUAAUUUUAGCCAGUUUUGUUGCAACUUGUUACUGUUUUAAAAAAAUCAGUGUUGUGUUAAAAGUAGAGUUUCAAAGUCCAGAAGAGUAUGACCAUGUAUGCUCCGACAUUGAUUUUGAAUGAAACAUUUCAUACAUAAUAAAUUGCUGAUAAAAUGA